AUGCUGCCCGUUGUGCUGGCCACGGUCACCAGCCAAGCGGGCCUGCGGGCGCUGGAAGCCGACGCCCGCGUGGCGGGCGUGUUCCCAGACUUUCUUGUGGAGCCGUCAGACGUAUUCAGCAGCCCGCUCAUCAAUCAGCCAGCGGUGGUGGCCCAGAACAUCACCGGCGCGGGCUGCGCAAUCGCCGUCGUCGAUACAGGCCUGGACUACACUCAGCCCAUCUUCGGCCCCUGCACGGCUGUCGGCAAGCCUGCUGGCACCUGCCGCGUGGUGUAUGCACAGGAUAUCACCGCUGCAGGCGAUGAUGGGAUGCUGGACGACUACACCAGGCAUGGCACGUUUGUUGCAGCCGUUGCAGCCGAGAUCGCGCCUGGCGCCAGCCUGAUCGGCCUGGACGUGUUCUACCCCAACCCCAAGACCGGCGCGCCGGCCGCCAACAUAUCCGACGUGAUCGGCGCCGUCAACUGGGCGAUCGCCAACAAAGACACCUACAAGAUCUGCGCAAUCAACCUCUCGCUGGGCACCAACAAGGCCGUGUCCAAGCCCUGCGGGCAGCAGCCCGCGGCGGUCGCUAUCCAGGCGGCGCGCGACGUCGGCAUCGUAACCGCGGUCGCCUCCGGCAACGAGAAGUUCAAGCGCGGCCUGGUGCUACCGGCGUGCGCGCCCGCGGCGGUCAGCGUGGGCGCGGUGUACGUCGCGAAGUUUGGGUCCUCUGGCUGCAGCAAGGACGCCCCCGUUUUGCCGGACAAGGUCACCUGCUACAGCAACAGCGCGUCGUACCUCACGAUGCUCGCGCCUGGGGACUCCAUCUUCGCGGCGGGCUCGACGGUUUCGGGCACGAGCUUUGCCGCGCCGCACGUGGCCGCCGCGGUCGCGGCGCUGAGGCAGGCGGCGCCGGGGCUGGCGGCGGACGACAUGGUGGGGGCGCUGACAAAAGGCGGCAAGCCGAUCCUCGACAAAGCCAACAAGAUCACCAAGCCUCGGCUGGACAUGCUCAGGUCGCUCCAGAUCAUCCAGAACGGCGCCCUGCUGACCAUCAACGGCGGCGCAAAUGGCACAAACUCCCGCGCUUUGUCGCUGAGCCCGGUGCUGCUGCGGAGCGCCCCCGCCGGGGCCACCUAUUGCGCCAGCGAUACGAGCGCCAGCCCUGACGACUGCUGCGCGACGGCGUCUUUUACGGCGGGCAACCUCACGGCCACCCUGGCCAGCCCCGGGGACGGCAACAAAACCGUAAACUUCUUCCUUCGAGGCGGGGACGGCUGCGGCGCCCCGCUGAUUGCAAAGGCGCAGGCGUCGAUCUUGCUGGAUGCGACAGCAGUGUCGCUGACAGUCUCAAUCACCGCGGGCGUAACCGUGACCAACGGCCUCCUCGUCAUCACGGACCCCAAGAGCCAGAUCCAGAUCCAGAUCACCGCCAGCGAUGCAAACGGCCUCGGACAGAUGUGCAUCACCCAGAGCGCGAGCGCCAAGGCGCUGACCAAGUGCAAGUGGGAGGCGUUCUCGUCGGCGCCGUUGACGGUGGCCCUGAAGGGAUUCCAGGGCAACCAUACUUUGCGCGUCGCCGUCAGGGACGCGUUUGGCAACGAGGCAACCUGGCAGCAGAUCCUGAUCCGUGACACGCGCGCGCCGGCGCUCAAACAGUUCAAGGGCGUGCAGAGCGGCCCCACUUCUUUCGAACUGUCGUGGGCGCCGGGGAGCGACGCCGUGUCAGGCGUCGCGUUUUUCACUUUGGUGUACCAAGCCGGCUCCACCGCGCCGGCGGCGCGGUGCCCCGGCGGCACGGCCGUCCCCUUGGCGCAGGGGCCCGGCGUGCUGUCUGCGACCGUGGCGGGCCUGGCGGCCGGCGGCACGUAUUCGUUCCGCCUUUGUGCGCAGGACGCCGCGGGCAACGUGGCCAACGGGGCUGUCUGGCGGGGCAAGCUCAAAUAA